AGUGAAUGCGCAAGUUAGCAAAGGCAGAUGUGCACAUCUGCAGCACAUAAUGUGGUCUCCAUUGCAACAUCUCCUCCUCCUCAACUGACGACUUUCUUCUCUGCUCUCACUUCUUCGUCUUCUUCCUCUUCAUCAGCUUGAAGAAGGAGAGUGAAAUAGUGGUCGAUACUUCCGAGAGAGAGAUCGACCUGCAAAAAUGCUUCUCCCAUACAUUUGAAAACCCGCUCAAAUCAAUCCUCAUAUAACAAUGGAAACUCUCACUCUCCCCCUUUCUAAUGGCCUCCAAUCCUUAAAUUGCAAUCCUAAUUUCUCGCCUUUUCGCAAUAAUUCCCGCCAUUUCUUCGUCUCCUCAACAAUUCGUCAUAAACCCUUCCUCCCUCAUCUUAAUCGCCUCUCAUUCACCCCCAAUUUCCGCAAAUGUGUUGUGAAAUCCGUCGCGUCUCACAAUCAUCACCAGGGUCAUGGCCUUGGCCAUGAUCAUCAUCACCAUGGUCAUGCCCAUGAUCAUGGUCAUGGCCACCACCACCACCACCAUCACGGAGGCGGCGACGCGAAAUUGAGCAAGUCUCAGGAAAGGGUGUUUCAGUUUGCGAAGGCGGUAGGGUGGGUAGACUUAGCCAAUUUCUUAAGGGAAAACAUGCAGUUGUGUUGCUGUGCUAUGGGAUUGUUUCUUGCUGCUGCUGUUUCCCCUUACUUGGUUCCUAAAUAUCUGGUUAAACCUUUGCAAAACGCCUUCAUUUUCAUCGGUUUUCCUCUUGUUGGGGUGUCAGCAUCACUUGAUGCUCUUAUUGAUAUCUCUGGUGGAAAAGUUAACAUUCAUGUCCUCAUGGCUCUUGCUGCCUUUGCAUCAGUGUUUAUGGGAAACCCCUUGGAAGGCGGAUUGCUCAUUGCUAUGUUUAAUUUGGCUCAUAUAGCUGAAGAAUAUUUUACAAGUCGCUCAAUGGUUGAUGUCAGAGAGCUGAAGGAAACUUAUCCAGAUUCCGCCCUUGUUCUGGAUGUGGACAAGAAUGAGACACCUAAUUUAUCUUCUUUAUCUUACAAGAAGGUUCCUGUGACUGAAAUAGCGGUUGGCUCCUUUGUACUGGUUCAAGCUGGUGAGUUUGUGCCUCUGGACUCUGUAGUAUCACAAGGAAGGUCAACUAUCACCAUAGAGCACUUGACUGGGGAAAUGAAACCUAUAGAAAGAGAUGUUGCAGACAGUAUUCCUGGUGGUGCCAGGAAUUUGGAUGGCAUGCUGAUAGUGAAGGUUUUGAAGACCUGGAAGGAUUCUAUGUUAAGCAGGAUAGUCCAGUUGACUGAAGAAGCUCACCAGAAUAAACCAAAGCUUCAGAGAUGGCUGGAUGAUUUUGGUGAACAAUACAGUAAAGUGGUUAUGGUUCUAUCAGUUGCCAUUGCUCUCAUAGGACCUCUUAUUUUCAAAUGGCCAUUUUUCAGCACACCAGUUUGCAGGGGAUCUAUUUACAGAGCUCUGGGACUUAUGGUUGCAGCAUCUCCAUGUGCCUUGGCUGUGGCUCCAUUAGCUUAUGCUACUGCAAUCAGUGCUUGUGCUAAGAAGGGUAUACUGCUGAAAGGUGGCCAUGUGUUGGAUGCUCUAGCUUCUUGCCACACUAUUGCAUUUGAUAAAACUGGAACGCUGACGACUGGGGAGCUCAAAUGUAAGGCAAUUGAACAAAUUCACGGCCAUCAUGUUGCUGAGGAUAAAUCUAAAACUGGUGCUUGCUGUAUACCCACGUGUGAAAAAGAAGCUCUGGCUGUUGCUGCUGCCAUGGAAAAGGGAACAACUCAUCCAAUUGGAAGAGCUAUUGUUGAUCAUAGUGUGGGCCGAGACCUACCUUCUGUCUCUGUUGAAAACUUUGAAUCUAUUCCUGGUAGAGGUCUUUUUGCCACGGUAUCUGGAAAUGAGUCAGGAAUAGGAAGAGGUGAACCAGUAAAAGCAACUUUGGGCUCUGUGGACUAUAUUGCUUCACUUUGCAAAACUGAAGAUGAAUCGCGAAAGAUUAAGGAAGCUGUGAUCACAUCAACCUACGGAAAUGACUUUGUUCAUGCUGCUCUUUCAGUGAAUGAAAAGGUUACAUUGUUCCAUUUCGAGGAUGAACCACGGCCUGGAGUUGUUGACGUCAUUGGAUGGUUACGAGAUUAUGUAAAGUUCCGGGUGAUGAUGUUAACUGGCGAUCACGAAUCAAGUGCAUUGAGAGUUGCAAAUGCUGUGGGCAUCACUGAAGUUCAUUGUAGCUUGAAGCCUGAAGAAAAACUCAAUCAUGUAGUGCGUAUAUCAAGAGAGACAGGUGAAGGCCUCAUAAUGGUUGGAGAUGGUAUUAACGAUGCCCCUGCAUUAGCAGCUGCCGCUGUCAGUAUAGUACUUGCUCAGCGUGCUAGUGCCACUGCCAUUGCUGUUUCAGAUGUCCUUCUACUGCAAGACAACAUUUCAGGAGUUCCAUUCUGUAUAGCCAAAGCUCGCCAAACAACGUCACUGGUCAAGCAAAAUGUAGGCCUUGCACUAUCUGCGAUUAUUUUAGCCUCUCUACCAUCUGUCUUAGGAUAUCUUCCACUUUGGCUAACAGUUCUUCUGCAUGAAGGUGGCACCCUUCUUGUUUGUGCCAAUUCAAUACGCGCUUUAAACGAUCCCACGUGGUCUUGGAAGCAAGAUCUCCAUCAUCUUCUCGAUAAUUGCAAAGCUGUUACAAACAAAAUACAGCAACAAGUCACCAGCUCAGGCACCAUUCAAACAGCGCAUCUGCAAUAAGGUGCUUUCUUGCCUUUUGCCAUUUUGAAGCUUAUCGUCGUAUAGUGUAAAUGCUGAUAUAGUAACUUUUGUACAUCACGUAUUGAAUUGAAAAUAUAAACUAGUAUUAGGUUGCCCUAAUCUCCUCUGUUCCUACUCUUGCCAUUUGUAAAGUCUAAUAAUAUACUAGACUGCAAGAAAAAUCACCCUUCUUUCCCUCUGCUACUGAUUCUAACCCAGGAACAUAGUAAAUGGUGAACUUGUUUUUUUGUUAUGACAAGCAUCUACUUCCUUUAUUUGUUUUUCCGGCCUCUAAUUAGUUGGCUUUGGAAUGCAACUAUGCAGGAGAACAUUUAUCUAAAACUCUGUGUUCACUCUCC